UUUUAGAUUUUGUUUUCCUUAUAGGUGGUCAACAGCCAGACUACAGUAAGCAGGGAAUAUGGUCUUAAAUAAGACCAGACAGGAGGUAGACAGAAUUAUUCCAGUUUGGCCCAAACAGACCACUGUGUGCCCUGUAGCUCCAUCUGGAUUGAGUCAGGUUUCUCAUGACUUACCUGAGAGCAAUGCGAAUCCUGUGAUUGUUUCCUGAUGGAUGUUCUCUGUGGGUAAAUUUUCUUCCCUCAGUCAGGAGUUUUACUUGCUGCCCAUUUUUGCUUCCUCUGAGCAUUUCUACCACAAGCUCCCUGUCACAAUUAGCAUCAACAAAACCCCUUGUGGCUUCCAUAAAUCUUAACCUAGAAAAACAUGCUGGUCAGUAGCUCAGAACCUGGAAUGACAUCAAUAAUGUUGUUCAAAGAAAAAACAGUCGUUGGUUUUUACUGCUCUCUGAUUUCAUAACCCAGCUAUUCACCCGGAGAGCAAGCUUCCAAAGCAAACUUCAACCGUCCUGCACCUAACCUACACCCCCCCUCCUCCACCCUUAGAAAUAAGCACUUUAUGUUCCGAAGUUUUCCAAGACUGGUGUCUGAGGUCAAACCUCAUUCCGGGUAUCAGGAUAUUGUUGUCAUCAUCAGACUGACGGAACACUGUGUGUAUUUUGACUGUGUGAGAUCAGGUCUAAGUACUCACAGCAGCCAGGCAAGAACAUCAGGUUUUUACAUGUUGUAAUAUUAGUGCAUGUGGAGAAAUGAGCAACUAACUGAGUUCUCCUGUAGAACAAAGAUAAAAAAGCAAGUAUUAUGAAAUCCCAGUGUGCAUCUCAGUCCAUCAGCAGAAUGGGAAAAUACAGCCACUGGCUUUUGGUCCAAGGACACCAAACCUUCUGUUUCCUUUGCUUCCAAAACAGAGGAUCAGAGCUCUAGUGAAAGACUGUUUUAAAUAAACCCACCAAUGGACCAGUGAGUUUUAUACUCCAUUACAGAAACACACCCUUCACAGGGCUGCGUUUAAAUUGAUAGAUUGUUCAUUUCAUGAAGUAAGAACCUUCAGAGGAACCAGAGAGAAAACAUACUGCCAAAUUAGAGCUAGCUGUGAUUUGCACUGUGUCUCAGACACCUGCAAAUGGAGCAUCUAUACAAGCUGAUUAGCCCUAAUGGGGCAUUUAGUUCAGGUGAUUAUACUGUUUCCAAGUGCUGUUAGCUUCAUUAUUGCCUUGGUUCUGCAUCUACUUGGAAAUGAGCAGCUACACACAUUAAAAUGCAGGAUUGAAAAUGAUGCUUCACAUGCUGUGAGUCAUAUCCCAGAGAUGAUUCCUUAAAUUCCUUAAUUUUUUUUCACCACAUCUGUAGUAUAGGUGCUGUAGAAUGGAAGACGCAUUUUUUUAUACUGUGAAAAGAAAUAAUACCCACUUAAUAUCUCACUUAAAACUCACUGAUUAUAAGAGCUCUAAGAGAAAUAGUUAAAUAUACAUAAACACAAGGUAUUGUAAAAGGUGCUGCCUAUUCCCAUGUUUUUUUGUUGUUGUCAGAAACAGAAUAGGUUUAAAUAAGAAUAUAAUGUCAUAUGUUGAGUUUAUGCUAAGUAAGUACAUUUGUUACACACUGUUUGUGUAACAAAUAAUGUUGUUCAAAUUAUAGUCUCUUCAUUGGGUUUGGGUUUUUGUGACUUGAACAUUACAUCAGUAAGUCAUUGGCCAAAGAUACAGCUAGGAGAUCCUCACAUAGCAAACAAACAAACAAACAAACAAGCAAAUAAAUAAAUAGAUAAAUAAAUAAAUGUGCUACUCAGCUCCCAUGAGGCACAACAGAAAAGUGUUUAGCUUGUUCUGUGGAGAUAGAGUGUUAAUCCCAGUGAUGCUGCAGCCGUCAGUGACUGUGUUAGAACUAGUAAUGCUAACUGGAUGAUGGUGUCUAUAAGCUGAAGUAUGUGGAUGUGUGACUAGUGCUGUCCUACUGUGUUUUAUCCCGCGCCAUGACACUACAUGAGCAACAGUUGAAAUGAAGUGGUUCACUGGCUUUACAGAGGCCAGAGGAAACAACCACAGAACUGUAUUAUGACACAGGAGAACUGACCGUUGGGUUGGAAUUGGCCAAGGGAGGAAAUCAGCAGGGGUUUAAAAAAAAAAAAAUAAAUCCUUCACUGACCUCCAGAUUGUGCUUGGGCCAAUGUGUGUGUUGCAGCAGGUGGUGGGAUUCAGAAACAUGUGCUAACAUGUGAAUUAAGACGCAUUUCUACAUACUAAAUUAGUCAAGAAGGUGUUUUUUUUAGUUGAUAAACCUACAUAUUUGGACAACAGUGAAUUUAAACAAAUAACCAGGACAUGAAAUUUGCUAGUCCCUCUGGUGGAUUACUCAUCGAUCCAGCCCUGACUCACAUAAUAGCAAAUUUUUACCUCUAAAAAAAAAUUGCCCCUGUAUUUAUAUUUAUAUUUGGGUUUUCUUAUUUUUCUUCAGUACAGUGAAAUGUGAAUAUUUCAGUCUGUAGAAACUUGCUAUAAAUGUGGUGGAUAGAGAUUGGGUUUAACAUAAAACCUUUUCCCUUUAAUUGGUUUACUGUUCAUGUCAGGCACACUCAGAUCCUUGUGUGCUCUGAAUAGAAGGCAAACCCUGUUUGGUUCCAGCAAAUGCGGCACAAGAGAUUUCAGGAUGACGUUUCGGCUGAAGGAACUGCUGUGAGCCAACGAGGAAAAUAUGAACAGCUCUGAAUGCUUGGCUCAGUUUAGGCACCCAAUGGAAAGGGCGAUAUUUAAAGCCUAUCCUCUGAGCUCUCUGACCAAGAAACAGCCUACAGUCUUGGUUAUUUGUGGGCCAGAGCAAAACGGUGCCAUAGGCUUGGUUUGUGCUCGUCACCUGCGCAUAUUUGAGUAUGAGCCCACAAUCUUUUAUCCCAAACGCUCUCCUGAUAACUUGCAUCAGGACCUUACCAUUCAGUGUGAGAAGAUGGACAUUCCUUUCCUUUCUUAUCUUCCAACUGAGGUCCAGCUCAUAAAUGAUGCCUAUAAUCUGGUGAUUGAUGCUAUUGUGGGGCCAGAAAUAGAGCUUAAAGAUGUAAAAGAGCCCUAUUCUGGAAUAUUGGUCACCCUCAAACAGGUGAAAAUCCCCAUCGCCAGUGUGGAUGUGCCCUCAGGCUGGGACGUUGAUGAAGCAAGCCAAGAUGGGAUCAAUCCAGAUGUUCUCAUCUCACUGACAGUCCCCAAAAUGUGUGCCUCAAGUUUCUCGGGGAAGCAUUUUCUAGCCGGACGUUUUCUUCCGUAUGACAUGCAGAAAAAAUAUGAACUCAAUCUGCCUGAAUUUCCAGGGACUGACUGUUUUAUAGAAUUGUAACACUGGCAACACUAAAAACAUAUUUUGGAUAUGUAUUAAUUAUAUAAACACAUUCAGAUUUUGUACUUUAUAGGUGAGUACUGUGGUAAAUCGUCUAGAAGUUUGUGCACAGAGACUGUUGUGGCUGGAUAUGAUGUGGGUAUUUGCUUAGGUAAAAGUGCUUAGCUUAAGUUAUUAUUAUUAUUUUUGUUUGCUUGAAAGAAGAAAAAAAGCAAAACGAUUAAUUUCUGUAUUUUUGUUCAUAUAUUUAUGCAAUUUCACAAGAUAGAUUUUUUUUCUGGCAAUUUUUUCCUUUUAUUAAAUUUUCAUUGAAUUUUAUGGUUAAAAAAACCUGCAAUAUUCAUUAGUGUUAGUUUUAGACAGUAACACUGGAGAAUGCAUUAAAUUAUUCUAUGUAAUACAUACAAUUGAAUUGUAUUUCUGCUGCCGUUUUUUAUCUUAUAUUUAUAUGUAUUUUUUUUUAAGAAACUUUUUAAAUAGCACAGGGUUGCCCGAAACACGAACCUGUCAUACGGUUAAACAGUGAAUAGAUUGGUAGUUUCUUAGUUUUAAAAAGGAUGUGUUUAACACCAGAUCUUGAAUUCAAAUAAAUUCUCUUUGAACCUG